AUGGCUGAGGUGGUGAAGAAUAAUCGAACACAAACUCAAGGUAUGAAACUCAAAUUCUAUCCUCCAGUGAUGAAAGAUGGAAUCAAGGUUGUGCAAUUGAAUCAGCGGGAAAUUGACAAACAGAAGCAGAAAUGCCAAUGUGCGCUGAUUGGGUAUGUGUUUAGGGGAACCCUGAAAUUCAAGGAAAUGCUUCAGUUUGUGUAUGGGGUCUGGCACUUUGUGAACACACCUAGGGUCUUCCUACAUGAUGAUGGGUACUAUAUCUUUCAAUUUGAAUCUGAAGAGGACAAAUCCUGCAUAAUACAAAAUGGGCCUUACACAUUUAGGAAUAGGCCAAUGAUUCUGAAACAAUGGAGUUCAGAUUUUCAGCUGCAUAAGGAAACAAUCUGUAUAUUACCAAUAUGGGUAUGUUUCCCUGUAUUGCCACUCCUAUACUGGUCUGAGGAAAAUCUAGGAAGAAUUGCUAGCUUCCUAGGCAAACCAAUGUGUACUGAUGUUCUAACAGCUAAAGGUGACAGAAUAUCUUAUGCAAGAGUUCUAAUUGAGAUGGAUAUCACCCAAGUAUUACCUGAAUCUGUUAAUGUUGAAGUCCCAGAUGGUGGUAUUUGGAGCCAAAAGAUUGAGUAUGAAUGGAAGCCUACUCUAUGUCAAGAGUGUAUGCAGGUUGGACACCAAAAGGAGAAUUGUCCAAAACAGAAGUAG